AUGGGCGCCGAAACGACUACAAAAACGGCGAUAGAUAGGACGUCCACGGUAGAGAGUGUCGAAGCAGGGGACAUUAUCCAGAAGGAGCUGAAGAAGCCGAAACUCGUGAGUUAUCUAUGGGACACGUUCGACAAGCCGCCGGAGGAGAGAAAGCUGCUUUUCAAGCUGGAUGCGGCGAUUCUAUCUUUUGCUUCGAUCGGAUACUUUGUCAAGAGUAUAGACUCUGUCAAUAUCAACAGUGCCUUUGUCUCGGGAAUGAAAGAGGAUCUCGGCCUGUACAAAAACCAGCUGAAUUACAUGCACACGGCCUGGGCAAUAGGAUACAUGUUAGGGCAGCUCCCCAGCAACAUUAUCCUGACUCGCACGCGGCCGCGAUACUGGAUUCCUAGUCUGGAGGUAAUCUGGUCGAUUCUCACAAUAGCGCUGUCGAAAUGCAACAAACCGUACCAGUUUUACGUCAUUCGAUUUUUUAUCGGUGGGCUAUCCUAUUCUAUCAAACAAAGAUCUACUAGAAUAUUGACAAGAAAAAGGUCUCGCAGAGAGUGGCUACUACCCCGGUAUCCAAUAUACGAUCGGCUCAUGGUACCGACGAGACGAGCUCGGGAAGAGAUCCUGCAUCGUGCAGAUCUUCAGCUGCAUCGGAUCGAUGAUGUCGGGGUAUCUGAUGGCUGGGGUGUAUCACCUGGGUGGCGUGGGCUCUUUCUAGUAGACGGGGCAAUCUCCCUGCCUAUGGCGCUCGGCGGGUAUUUUAUCCUCCCUGACGUGCCUGAGAUUACGAAAUCGUGGUAUUUGACUAAGAGGGAAAUCUCCCUCGCGCAGAAACGCAUGGAACUCGAGGGGAGAAAGCCCCGGGCGAAAUACACAAAGGCCAAGAUCAAGCGGAUGCUAUCCUCCUGGCGCAUCUAUCUUUUAUCGUUUCUCUAUUUAACCUUCAGCAAUGGCAACGGGGGAUCACAGCCGGUAUUCCAGCAAUAUCUUCGACACUCGACGCACCCGAAAUACUCAAUCACGCAAAUCAACACCUAUCCGACGACGACAUCGGCCGUGCAGAUCGCGAUGAUCAUUAUCUAUGCGUGGUCAUCUGAUACGAUCCUCCGAGGACGUCGCUGGCCGGCUCUUGUUUUCGGCGGGAUGGUCAACGUCAUCUGCCACCUCUCGCUGGCCGUGUGGGACAUUCCCACCUGGUGGAAAUGGACCUGCUUUAUCGCCGUAGGGGCAGGGCACGCAGUGGGUGGACUGUGCAUGGCCUGGGCAAACGAAAUCUGCGAAGACGACAGCGAAGAACGCGCAAUUACGCUCGCCUCGAUGCACGAAGUCGCCUACAUCGUCCAGAUCUGGCUCCCGCUGAUCGUCUGGCAGCAGGUGGACGCGCCGCGGUACCACAAGGGAUUCAUCACGGCGACGGCCAUGUCGGGUGUUAUGAUUGUGGUGUGUUUUGUGGUGCGAGCGUUGAACAAGCGAGACGUGGCGAGGAAGAGAAUGCAAGAGGCAGUAGAAACAGAAGCAGAAGCAGAAGCACAAGGAGAGGGAAGCAAAAGCGAAAGCAACGAGGAAUUACCACCGGACCACAAGAAGGAAAAGGAGAAGCAAAAGGAGGGACAAUCCUCAGAAGUCAACCUAACCAAGACAUCAACACAAGACAGACAUAUAAACAGGGCAGAGACCGAUAUGGAGGCAGAGGCCGCGGCAGCGAUAGAAAUGGAGGAGGUUGUCCGUCCGGCGAAGAUGUGCUAG